AUGACUGGAAUAAAUUUGGUAACUUACUAGUUGGAAUGGGUAGAUUCUAUAGAAUUUCAAUAACACUCACAUAUUAUUUCACUAAUAAGGUCAGAGUAAAAAGGACUCACUUCAAGUUUGUCAAUCAGAGAUUACCUACUUUUAAAAUAAGAAUUAUCAGGCAGAAUCGUAAAAUAAGCAAUUUUAAUAGAUUGUGGUAUGAUCGCUAAGCCUAUGACUAAUAUCAUGAGCAUGCCUCUAUCUGUUUAAGCACUUUAAGGUACCGGAUAUAUCAUGCUAAUGGGAAUUUAAUAUAUUUAAGAUAACCAAUAUGAUUUAUUUGCAGCUUCUUUCGAUAACUAUAAUGUUUUUGAUGUGAAUAAUUAAGGCAUUAAUUCCUAAGCAGCACCCUUUAAUGCUAUUAUUCGCUAAAUGUAUUAUAACUUUGGUUACUUAGUUGGAUGCAUAGAGAGUUUAGAAAAUGAUUCUGCACUUAUGGGAAUGUUUAUCUUUCACAUUAAUUCUCCCUAAUCUAAUGUACUAUUAAGAUCUGCAACCCAAACUUACUUUGAAAGGAAUUUUGAGUGUAUUGGAGUUAAAAUAGCUGCAGUUGAUUUAAUAAGCCUAGUCUAUACUGCUUAAAGUGCUGAAAUUAAUCGUAUUUUCAUUGUUACUUUAAAGGUAGAUCCAUUUACUCAUCCUGUAACCACACUUUCUGAAUAAGUAUUGGUUUAAAUGAAAUAUGAAGCAACCAAAGUUUACUAAUUUAAAUAUGUCGAUACUAAGAAUGAUUACUUCCAUCUUGGAUAAGUUACAUUAUGGAAAAACUAAUAGAAUAAAACUAGCAGUCAAAUUAAUGUAUCACAGCUUCAACCUUUAUAGGAGAGGAGACCAAAAUAAUUAACACAGUAUAUUGAUUGUUUUUUAGGGGAGUUGUGCGAAAUUUACUUUUCAAAAUUUAGCUUUGCAAACUAAUGUAGUGAUGAAGUAACAAUCAACAAGAUGUAUAGUUUAGGAAUCACUAUGAAUUAAGGCAAUUUGAAUUACUAUAAUGUUUCUGAAUAUAGCACAAUGAUUGCAAAUUUCUCAUUAAGAUUGAAUCAAACCAGCUUAGUUGGACAUUAUAGUAUAUAAAUCACCUAUAAUAUUUCAGAAACACCAGAUCUUAUUAAAAAUUGGGUUAUUUUCAAAGAAAAUUUCACUUUAAACGUAUCAAAUGCUUGCUAACUAGAAUAUAAGGUGCUUGAAAAUAUUCAGAAUGUUUCGAUCAGACAUAAAAUUUCUACUGAUAUAAUAUACUAAUCAAUUCCCAGAUUAAUAUUAGCACCACAUCAAAGUUGCUUUAAACAAACUCCGAGCAUAAUUCGAUAUCUUAAUGAAUAAGAUGUGUCUCAGAUUAUCAUUACUGAUAAAUUAUCAGACUUUUAAGUUGGUUUUCUAGUAGAUUCUCCAGAAAAAAUUGGUGUUUAUGAAUUCCUAUUCUCUGUAAAAGUAGAAGCUGACAUUGAAUAUUUUGAGCCUAAAACAUAUCAAACAUACUCAUUUAAAUUUAUAUUGAAGUUACUGUUGGAUAGAUGA